AUUACGUUAUAGUAGCAGUAAUAAUUAAUGGUAAUGGCAGAUAAAAACAUGGUUCAGAACGCAGUAAGACCAGCAGAAAACAAGAAUGAAGGUGAUAAUAACGACUGGGAAAAUGAAGAAAAUGAAGAAAAUGAUGAAAAUGAUGAAAAUUGUAACGAUGCCGAAUUUGAAGCAAUAAAUGCUCAAUUAGAUCAACUUAAUUCAGUUUUGGAUAACCUGGAACAAAAAAAUGAUGAUAUUCGUGCAGAAUUAAUUCAAUUGCUGCACUCAAAUCAAGAAGCAAGAAAACAAUUUCAAGAAUGCAAAGAUUCUUUAAAACCAGAUUUGUAAUAUUUUGUUUUAAACAGAUUACGUAUUGUAAAUAUAUAUAAUAAUAUAAUAUUAUGUUUGUACUAAUCAGUACAAUAUAGUACUAUUUUGAUGUUUAAAAAUUAAACAUUCCUACUGAUAAUCAUUAAGCAUUAUGUAGAAUUAUUUUUAUGCUUAUGUAGUGUAAUGAUAGAAAUAUAAAAACAUAUAUACAUGUACUUAUAUUGUUUAUAUACAUAUGUAUUUAUAAUUUCAUUUUAUUAUGUAUUUAUUAUAUUAUAAUCAGUAUUAACAGAUGAUAUUAAAAGUUCUUUAAACAUUUCCGAAUUAUAAUCUUGAAUUAGAAACACAUUGGGUUUAUUUGACAGUAAGUGAUCAAGUACAACUUGACCUCUAGUUCUGUUACCGCUUAAUUCGAUAUCGGCAUGAUACGACACUAUAUUUUCUGCAAUUUUUGGUUGUACUAAAAUUCCAGCUAAAAUUGCAUCACACACAAUAUAAGUAGGGAAACGUUUCUUUCUUAUCUUUGAACAGCCAUUUUCAAUAGUAUUCAUAAACUCCAUGCAAGGUUUAUCUAUUUGACCUAAUAUAUUUUUUCGCCAUUCCUGAAAAGUAUUGAAACAUAUAUGUAGUACAUUUCUAUAUUAUCAUUUAAAUAAUUAUGAUUUCAUUAUAUUUACAUGUGAAAUUUUGGAUUUCAAACAUGUUUCCCAUGGUAAUAACCACAAAGGUUUUGUAUUACUAUUAAAGACUAUAUGUACACUUUCUGGAUCCAUAUAAAAAUUGAAUUCUGCUUGAGGUGUUACAUUGCCUUGUGCUGAUAAUAAUAAAAUAUGAACAUAAGAAUUAAGAUAUAUGUAAAAUGAAUAAAUAUUUGUUUAAAAAA